AUGAAGUUCCUCACAUCCCUUCUUCUGCUGGCUACCUCUGCCAUCGCAGCUCCUAUCACUACUACUGCGAAGGAGUCGAAGCACUUCCACCUCAAGACCAGCGGCGCCACCAAUGAAAACCACAACAACCUAUAUGUCUACGCCUACCACACGGGCGCAGGUCUCAACGACGCCGUGCUCUCCAAGGAUGCCAGCAUGGCCAGUCCAGUCUAUCUGAACGGGACGAACGCAGUCGUGGAUUUGAAGAGCGAAUUGUCUUGGGGACUGAUCGCCACCGGCAACACCAACUACGCCUCUUGGUUGCCUAUGGUUAUCAAUGCCGGCAGCGGCGGCAGCGAAGGAUACUCCAUCAAGGGCGACAACUUCCAAUGGUCGGAACAGAGCGGCUUCGGUGGUUGGCUCGUCUGUGAUUGGUACCACAAUGCGCCCCAGCUAUUCUACUUGAACCGCUACUACACCGCCACCAUCCCCUCCAGCUGCUCCAAGGUUCAGGUGAAGGCCGAAUACGUCUAG